AUGAUGGAGAGCGCUUGGAAAGUAGUACGCCGGAAACAGAGGCUGGCAAACAACCAGGAAACCACGUACUUUGUUACAAAAAUGCCAAAGGAAGAAAAGAAAGGUGAGCUGUGGAGAGUAUUCGAGAAAUAUGGAAAACUUUCAGAUGUAUACAUAGGGCAAAAUCUAGGGAAGAAUAAGCAGUACUACGCGUUCAUUAGAUACAGAGGGGUCGGCAACGCCAAAGAGUUGGAAAGAAGAUUGGACGGAGUGAAAGUUGGAGGGAAGACACUCGUCGUCAAUAUCGCCCUACACAAGAGAAAGGUUCCAAUGAGGGACCAAAACCAAAAUGAGCAAUAUAGGAGGUUGAAUGUUGAACAGACAGCCAUGGCCAAAAACAAUGGAAUGAGAAUAGGGACUACCCUACGGGAUCACCGAUCGUACGCCGACAUGCUGAGACCGGUAAAUACAGCGCAAACACCCCCCUGGUCCACCGCUUCCGAUACCCGUCACCCUUCAUCCCGAACCAGCCACAAGUAG